CGACAUAACAUAGAGUGAGCGCGGGGCUUCUGGCGUGCAGUGGUACAGUUUGCUCAUCGUCCUUCUGCAAAAUGAAGCCAAGACUGCAGCUCCUGGUCGGUUUCACCCUCAGCCUCCUGACGGUGGGAUCGACUCAAGAGUGUACAGGCCACCAACUAAGAGGCGUCAGAAUUCAGCUAGCUUCAGGGCCGAGAACUAUAACCGUUUCGCUGGAAGAGAAUCAAAAGCUUGAUGUAUCAUUCAGAGACAAGAAUAAAAAAUCGUUUACUAAUGCAGGAAGCCAUACCAUUAACAUCAAAGAAAAAGAUUCCAAGUAUUGUCUGGACUCUCCAACACUACCUUUUGAAGAAGCCUGUGCACACGCUGGCGACACGCUCUUCCUGCUAAGCAAUAGGACGACCACGUGGACGCUGGGCUGCCCUCCUGACUCCGGCGGUCGGACGGCUUCCUGUCCCGACGAACCUCCCCCUCUGCGACUCCAGGCGGUGCUCCUUGGCCUGGAUUCCGGAGUCUUUGCCUUCAAGUGGCGGCCGAACCACGCGGACACUCGCAUCUUACUGAGGUGGGAAAGUUUCGGAACGCACUAUGGCGGAUCUGAUUGGAACGAUUUCUUAGUCAGCCGCGGUGUUAACGGGCGCCCGUGUCGAGUCUACAGUGAGGCUCUGAACGUCAACGUGUCCUGUGACGCUACGAAGGAUUACAUGACAUUUGGAAGCUUCACUGGAGGGUUCGCGGAAGUGGCGAAUGACUUUGCUUUCCCUUGCGAGGACCUCCAGCAGGACAGUGCUGCCAGUGACAGACCUGAGAGGGACCCAGGCGCCCCCGGGACUCCCUCGCCCGGCGGUGUUCCUCCCAAGCCCACGCUUUGGAACGUGUUGGAGAUCGUCGGCGCAGGCGCCUUGGUCGUCAUCGCCGUCGUCUUGGUGCCUUGUGUCGUCGCCUCUGUUGUAAAAAGGGUGAGGAAGUCCAAGUCGUCCAGAGAGGCCGCGAUUACCGCCGACGACCUGCACGACCCCGGCCGCGAUGACGACCGAAAGGAUGAUCACGACUAUUGCUACAUCGACAUGGCCGUCUUGAACUCCGAGCUGGAGGAGGAGAGGAGGGCGACGCGCACAGACCACGGCGGAGAGACGACCAGCCUGCGCAGCCACGACUCCGAGAACUCCUUAUACGGGACAGGGCUUGCCGAAGGAAGGGCGUAGGAGAGAGAGGAGAGGGAAGAAGGCAAAUGCAAAUGAUCUGAUACUUGAGGCUGAGCUCUCGAACACUCUCGUCGAAGGGAGGAAUGCCGAAAGGUGAUAAUUAUGUCAAAGACUUUCUCAAAGCUG